CAUAAGCCCAAAGAAAAACUAAGAAAUUGCGGGAAAUUAUCUAUUUAACAGAAAAAAAAAAUAGCCAAGUCCAUUUGGCUAAAAAAAAUCAACACCCCUAGUUAAUCAGGUGGCAAAAAAACACAUUCAAAGAAUUCGUCUUAUUUUUGUGUAAAAGAUCAAAAAUCGCUAAACCAGCGCUGCGCAGUGCAUAUAUGUAUGAUUUUUAUUCUUGUUGAAAAGUUCAAGUUCAAUAUCAGUAACAAAAAAGCAACGUUUCUCAAAAAAAGAAUCCCACUUUGUCGCAGCAUUGUGUCCACGGAAAAUUCAAACAUCACAGUGGGUGUGCGGAAAACGUGAAGGCAAAACCCCAAACACACAUUCGCUGUGUUGCGGGUUUUGUAGGAAAUUUCGAAAAUUUUCGCUUACAUUAAAAGCAAAAAAAAAAUUUAAUUUUGAAAAAAAAGAAGAAUAAUAUAAAUGUGUGCUUUCGCCGACUACUUUCUUCUUUGAGUGACAGAAAUUGUCAAUUAUUUGCAAAGGAUACAAAAAAAAAAUAGGAAAAAAAAGAUUUGAAGAGUAACAAGACAAACGACAAAUUAUCAACCGACCAGAAAAUCAUUCUGACAACACCAUUUCUUUGUCUCUAGACAUUCAAGGCAUGAUCAAGUGCUUCAAUGUGUUCGUGUGUGUCUGUGUGUGUGUGCGUGUGUUGUUAAGUUAAUUAAUUGUCAUGUGUAAAAAUUACAAAAAUAAAUAAUAUAUUAAAACAUAUUAAGCAAAGUGUAUUUCUAAUUAGUCAAAUAAGAACAAAAAUAUAUUUGUGAAUUUUAGAAAAAAUAAACACCUCAACCAGAAGAGGCAAAGCUUUCAAAGCAGAAAAAUAUUAAGAUUUUUUUGUGAAACAAAUUCAAUAUAUAUAUCAAAUUAAGAGAAAAAAUAAAGUCAAACAAAUCAAACCUCUGCUCUAUUUAUAAAAUCUAGAAGUCUGCAAAAAUAACAAAAAAAAAUCAAAGUGGCGACAAAGAAGCAAUUUUAACUAAAUAAAAAAAAAUAACUAAAAUAGAAAACGAAACAGCACAAUUUACCAGGCCAGCAGAGAAAAUUUGUGUGUUUUGGUGAUAUUUUGCGCUAAAGGCAAUAAAAUAUUUCAGAAAUUAAAAAUAUUUUGAAAUUUUUGUGAAAAUGUCUUCGACAACAACGGCCGCUUCGGCCAACCAGAAAUCUUCAUCGUCCUCAUCCUCAGCGCCAUCAUCGACAGAUGCCAGCACCACAACAACAACAGCGUCCGGAAAUAAACCAACCAAGUGUAAAUACACAAAGACCAAGGAGCGUAUGGUUGAGGAAGUGCCGCUGCCACCUGCUCACAAGCUGACAAUGGAUGAAGUCUUCGAUCCAAGGACAAAUAAACCAAAUUAUGAUGUCCUAAGACAACAUUUCCUGCUCGAGGGACGUAUUGAAGAAGAACCUGCUAUGCGAAUUAUCACAGAAGGUGCUGCCAUCUUGAGAGCUGAAAAUAACAUGAUCGAUGUGGAGGCACCCAUAACCGUGUGCGGUGAUAUUCAUGGACAAUUUUUCGAUUUAGUCAAACUUUUUGAAGUGGGAGGCCCACCAGAUUCGACACGGUAUUUGUUUUUAGGCGAUUAUGUUGAUCGAGGCUAUUUUAGUAUUGAGUGUGUGCUGUAUUUGUGGUCCUUGAAGAUUUGCUACCCAGAAACGCUUUUCUUAUUGCGCGGCAAUCACGAGUGCCGACAUUUAACGGAAUAUUUUACCUUUAAGCAAGAAUGUGAAAUAAAAUACUCCCCCAAAAUCUAUGAUGCCUGCAUGGAGGCUUUUGACUGUCUGCCCUUGGCAGCUUUAUUGAAUCAGCAAUUUUUGUGCAUACACGGUGGUCUCUCCCCCGAAAUCUUCACAUUAGAUGACAUUAAGAAACUAAAUAGAUUCCGUGAACCUCCCGCCUUUGGUCCUAUGUGCGACAUCUUGUGGUCUGAUCCCCUGGAAGAUUUUGGCAAUGAGAAAAAUAAUGACUAUUUUACGCACAAUUCGGUGCGUGGCUGUUCAUAUUUCUUCAGUUAUUUGGCCUGCUGUGAAUUCCUGCAGAAGAAUAAUCUAUUAUCUGUGGUCCGAGCUCAUGAGGCUCAAGAUGCGGGCUAUCGCAUGUAUCGUAAAAAUCAGGUUACCGGAUUUCCUUCGCUGAUAACAAUAUUUUCAGCUCCCAAUUAUUUGGAUGUUUAUAAUAACAAGGCAGCUGUACUUAAAUAUGAGAAUAAUGUUAUGAACAUACGACAAUUUAAUUGUUCACCUCAUCCAUAUUGGCUGCCAAAUUUUAUGGAUGUCUUCACAUGGUCAUUGCCAUUUGUUGGCGAAAAGGUCACCGAUGUUCUCGUUGCCAUUUUAAAUAUUUGCUCUGAUGACGAACUUUUAGGCGGCCCAGAUGAUGAACUGGAGGAAGCCUCUACAAUGUCUGCUUUACGCAAAGAAAUUAUCCGCAAUAAAAUCCGAGCAAUUGGCAAAAUGUCUCGUGUCUUCUCUGUACUAAGGGAGGAAUCUGAAUCCGUUUUACAAUUGAAGGGACUUACACCAACCGGUGCUUUACCCGUUGGUGCAUUGUCUGGAGGCAGAGACUCGUUGAGAAAUGCUUUGCAAGGUCUGGGUGCCACAGCGGAAAUUCAUUCGUUUGCCGAAGCCAAGGGUUUGGAUGCUGUUAAUGAGCGCAUGCCACCCCGACGUCAUCCAGUGGUUCUGAACAAUAACAACAACACUAGCAGCAACAACAAUAAUGACAGCAGUUCAGCUGCCAAAAAGAAUGGCACCGCCGGAAAGGUCACCAAACGCUCAACGACUGCUACUUAGGUUUUAAGUGAUGACACCGGAUGACAUGACACAAACAAACAACACACAGGCAGACGUUAUAGAACACACGCACACAUAUACACACACACAAACACACACAAACACGCACUUAACUAAUUUUGGACCUUAACCAAUAAUGAUUUUAUUUAGUUAAAUCAUAAUGUUUAGUAAAAUUAUAAUAUAAUUAAUUACAUUUUUUUAAAUUGAUAAUUGGUGCU